AUGGCCUCCAACGUCUUUUUUGUCCCUGCGACAUCCACCCAUCGCGUCCUAGACCAGCUCUUCGCGAAAUAUCCCACAGAGCUGGGAAAAAUCGGGAAGUACGAGCAAUGUGCCUUCAUAACUCGUGGAACAGGUCAAUUUAUGCCGGGACCGGAGGCCAGACCUGCUAUAGGCGAUCUGGGGAAGCUCGAGUUCGUGGAGGAGGAUAGGGUUGAGGUGGUGGUGAAUGAUCAAGGCGGGGCCAAUUUUCAACUCAAGGGUAUAUUGAAGGAGUUGAAGGAGGUCCAUCCGUAUGAAGAGGUCGCGUACGACGUGUACACAUUGGCCCCGUUUUGA